AUGGCCAACACAGAAGGAAUGUCGGAUGAGUUUGUGGCAAGUCUGAUGACGACGCCCGUUUCAAAACCAACUUCUGCUUCAAAGGGUGGUAAAAAAAUUACAGAAAAGGAUUCGUCAAUGAGUGGAUCAGGGGUUCCAGACAUUAUGGAACGGCCGCAGAAGGCUAGUGUUAAUCGGCGAAGGCGUAAGGGAGCUCCCAUCAUGUCGGCAGUAACCAAUCAACGAUUGCAAGAACGAAUGGAGAUGCCGAUGCCAGAAGGAGGCCAGCCUUCGGCGCAAGUGAUUCGUUCUAGCCAGUCUUCCAAUACAGCAGUCAAAACAGGACAAGAGCCUAAGCGAAUUUCUACUAGCCAAAUUUCUGAGAGGCAGCAAGUGAACAGCAGGAUAGGGGGUCCUACAACUCCUGAAACUCCUGGUGUGUUGCCUCCAUCCAUUGUCGGAGACGUUGUAGAACACAGUGUAUCGCCGAUGGAACGAAAGACUACCCGCUUCCAGCGAAAACAAAAUCAAAGUAGAUUUUCCCAACAAGCCAAAGCUUCUCAAUUUCAGCAGCAACAGCAUCAGGAAGGUCAAAGUAACAAUGCUGGUCCCUUGCUGCCGAAUGCUGGAUUCCCAUCCGUCCACAUGCCCAUUGGAACCUUUGUCAAAAAGCCAAAGCAAUCACAACGAUCAACAACAAAAGGAAAAAAGCCAACAAGAAAACCAAUAGUUGCAGAGAAACCGCCGUCCGAACAAGAUUCCAUGCAACAAGCGAGUGCCCGAGAUGCCACCAACAUGUUGGCCCAAAUGUCCAUGGAAGACAUUCAAUCCCAUCAACGAGAUUUGGAGGCUGCGCUUUCGCCUGAUAUCAAGGCAUUUCUAAAGGCGAGAUCCCAACAAAAGAAUAAGAAGAAGCAACAGCAAGAUCAAACGGAAGAGCCUGUGGUGGGGGUAGAGGAGGAUGCGACGCCAGAGCCGACCGAGUCGGAGACUCCAAUCAUGGAGAAAAAGAAAACUGAAAAGAAUCCGCAACAGGAAAAAGAACGCUUGGCAAAGUUAAUGUCUUCCGUCCGAACUCACCAUGAUUUGGAUCAAGCCUACCAUCAAGAAAUGCAACAAGCCCAUCCUUUGGAACACGAGCCUCUUCUAGACGCUGGAGAACAAGGAACCACUGAUGCCUCAACACUGCCAAAUGAUAAUAGCCGCAACGACCCUGUAGACAAGGACUUUGACAUGGCCUGCGAUUUGCUUCGAUCCACUGUCAAGAGGCAAACCUUGUGGGCUGCUAGAUUGGUCAGUCAAUCCCUAUCAGAACGAGUUCGAGAAUUGCAACAAGAAAAGUUGGGCCAUACUUCCUCCAAGACUAGUACCACGAAAAAGAAUUGGCCACUUUUAUUGCCCAUUUCGUUGCGAUGUUUGAUGGACGAGCCAAUUCAUGGACAAGGAAUUCUCCACACCUACGUGCUUCAGGCGCUUUACAGCCUCUUGGUGCUGAAUGCAGUGGACGAUCAUCUAGUUUGGGUUGACAGCAGUACCAGAACUGGUCGUACCAUGGAGGGAGGUGACAAUAAAAACAAUCAAAAUGGGGAACUACCUACUAUUGCAACAGACUUAUCGUCCAGUCGAUGGUCCGAGAAAGACAUGUAUCAGCAUUUUUUCAUGGAAGAUGCUAUCCCAACGCCUCCUCUGGACACUGCUUAUCCGUCCAACACAGUGCAGCCUUUGGCCGUGGACACUGGCAAGUCUUCCAGUUCGGUGGCUGCAUAUUCCACUUCAUCUUCGUCGACAUCAGCAAUGGAGGAUGCCAAGGCCUUUGAAAAGGAUCCCAUGUGGACACUGCUCUCCAAAAUGCGAAUCAUUCCGAGGCUCUCGCAGCUGCUAUGUCCGAAGAAUGAUGCGCUCAUGUUGCCCGAAGAAGCUUGGAUUGCAUCGUGUGGGAUACUAGCCAUGUUGGGACAACGGUCGCCAGGUGCUGCCACCGUCAUUGUGCACCAAAAGUCCAUGUUCGAGCAGAUUCUGGAUCGUUGCUUGAUGCGAUACUCCUUGGAACGCCAACAGCCAGGGCAUCAGCUGGAAGAAAUAGCUCUGUUGGAACAAGUCGCUUUUGCUUCCAUACAACUCUUGCUAACUCUAGCACGACAAUCCCGGGUCACUGCCAAGGCCAUGGCUCCGCACAUGGAGGAAGUCUUGCCCGCCUUACUACUUCCGUCGGACGGUCUAUCUCCAUUGGAAUUGCGUCUUCAAAAGAUGGGGAUCAUCUUGUGGCGGACCUUGAUGCGAUAUGGCUUGGGAUUGCCAGGAUUUGCCACAAUGCUCAAAAUGGCAGCUCAUCACUGGGCCUUGCCACAUACGAAUCCUUCGUCGUUGUCCGCUGAAUACUUGUCCGCCUUUACCCAAAUUCUGGAAUGUGCCCGCGUAGCACAAAGCAAGACAUCUGCUCUUGACAAGGCCAAAACGAAGCCGAUUAUCGAUGAGGAGUCUAUGCGUAUUCUAUCAAUGGUUCCGACCCAUCUGGCAGCGACACAGCGGCAGCUCCUUCUUCCUUCUGCCCCAGCUUCCGACAGCGAUCCAUCCUCAUUGACAACCCAGUCAGUCGAUGCAUGUCGCGAAUUCCAAUGGAAGGCUGCCAGGUUACGGUUUCUAUCCUCCUACUGGAGUUUGGCAGCCAAUACUUCGCAAUCCACAGCAAACCAAGAAGUCAAGGUCGAAGAAAUUGCAAUGGAAGACGAGUUGGCCUUUCUCGAAAACUUGGAUUUGUGGACGGAUCCUGGCGGUGUGCUAGAAGUAGCAUGGAAAUUAGUCUGGCAGCAAGAGUCUGAGGAUUAUGAAGACUUGGCCAUUGGAACGCCGAAAGAAGCUGCUGCUUCUGCAUUCCUGUCUUCGUUUGCCAAUACUUUGGUAGAGAUGGAUAUGUCCAGAACCAGCCAGAAAAAUCGAAUGGUACAGCAGCUUACGAAAGCGGUAGUGAAGCAUUUCGUUGAGCGGAUUAUCGAAGGUUGCAAAAGGACUAGAAUUUUAUCAGGAAACGAAAAAGGUGAUCUGUCAACAUGGGCACUUCCACGUCAAGGUUGGAUGAACCAGUGUUAUUUUGCUGUCGCCAAAUUGCUGUUUCAUGCAUAUUCGAUUGGGGUUCUAACCUCGUCAUCCGAUAUCAAUCAAGCCAGGAUGUUGGUAUUUUUCCUGCUUGCGAAUCUCGAGCGUGGGCAAGAGGCAGUUGCAGCAGUACUGUUCAGUCAAGAUGUUUUGUUCAUGCCAAGUGGCAAUCCUUUGCAUGACUCCUCCUCGGGAUCGUCGCCAAUUUCAACUCUCUUCCUCGGAGAAAUAUGUGGGUCGGAAAUGGCUCGCAAGCAGCUUGACCAUAGCUUCAAACUGCAGCACGGAUUUGGGCUGACAGUGGAGGGAUAUGGGCCAUUCGCAUUGGACUCGCUUCUCAGUGCUACCGAUCGUAUGGGCCCAAAGACAAACGGUGAAUUGAUUCUGCCGCUUGGAAACUUGUGGCUCUUGCAAACCCUUUCUGGUUCCAUUCAAAUGAAGCAGCAAACUGUUGACAAAGGAACAAAUGAAGCCGUGCGUGUCGUUUCAACAGCGCUUGGGCUACUAUUGGAAUUGGAAGAAGCUGAGGAAAUUGAUGCAACGUGUCGGUGGUACUCUCCCUCCAUUCCAGUUGGUGCGAAAAUGUACUACCUGCUCAAUGUCUGCUUGCAUCCCGAGACUAUCCUUCGAGACGAACGAAUCGCUGAAGCUUCAGGAGCUUUGUUUGAAAAGUACUGCAGCCAGCUGAAUGAAACCUCGCUAUUCGAAUUGAGCCAAGCUUGCCUCCAUCACACCGAACCCGCCAAGAAAGAAGUCGCGGAUCCAGAAGUAGACCAGGAUACUGAAGAGAAAGAGAAGGCCUUGCUCGACAAACUUCUGAAUUCAAAUAUGACAACGGAUACACUGUCUCCAGAGGCAAUGCGCUCGUUGGAAGCAUUGUUGGAGGAUGUCAUCGCUGCCUUCCGAGACUAUGGUGCGCAAUAUUCCUUCUUCACAAAAUGUGUGAGACUUUUCCUCUCCCCAGUGUAUCCUCCAUCAAUUCGGUGCCGUACAAUGCAAGAACUCCGUGGUAUGCUUCAUCUUUUGACACUUCCUGAUGACAGCAAAUCUGACGAAGAGCUCCUAGAAGUUUUCCUGUCGGGUGGAUUGCCAGCAGCGGACGGUUCCACGAAGGAUGCAUCUAGUGUCUUGGAUGCACUUGCUGUUGCCGUUGCAAAAGAAAGCUCUGACAGAAACUUGGAUGGUUUCUUCCUCCAUUUCGUCGUCGCCACUUUGGGUCGCAACUUGGCAAGCAGCAUUUCGGAUGAAAUAGGAAGCCUAUCGAUGAUGAGGCGGCUGAACCGAAUUCCCAGUCGCAUUUCUUCAUUGGUUUGCGACUUUGUAUUGAUGAUUUUGAAAGAAAAGGGAUCGAAGAAAGAGAUGGCAGUGGCUGCGGUGAAAGCAUGUGCAGACGGGAAAGCUGAUGACAAUUUUGUCUUGGAAAGUAGAAUCGCCAGUAUCAGGGAAGGAUUGGAGAGAUAA